AUGAAGCUCAGUCUGUCUCUGCCUCCCUCCCCCUCCUCCUCCUCCUCCUACUCCUCCGCAUGUGUAUAUCUGCCGUGCGACUCCCCUCCCUCUCGUUCCCUCUUCCCGUCGUCCAUCUGUCCCCCGUCCGUCCGUGUUUCUACAUAUCCCAAAUACCACACCCACCUCAGCUCUGUCUGUACUCUUAGACCAACCUACAUCCCCUCAGGAAGGUCCCCAAAAACUAUCUCCUCCAUAAUAUCAAUCCACCACCUGUACUCUCUCGUCUGUAAUUACACCAAACAAAACAGCAGAUUCCGGCAAUCAGCUAUUCUUCCAUCCUUAUCCACAAUGUCGCGCAUUACCGCCCCCGUUUCCAAGCUCACCCGCUCCAUCAACUCGGCCGCCACGGCCAGCCGCUCCAGCGGUCUCCUCGAGUCUCACUACAACGUCAACCAGGGCGCCGUCCUGAUGCCAAAGUACGCAGAGCUCCUCAAGAACCGGAGCACCCGCGAGCACGACUCCGCACGCACCCUCACAACAACCCACCGCCCGACCCCCCAACCGACGCGCAGCUCCAUGUCGCACCGCCAAAUGCAGACCUUCUCCUCCUCGACGCCCUACGCGUCCCCCAUCGCCUCAAUGGACUUCACCGUGCUCCCCGCGGCCUUUGACGCCGCGCCCAAGAACGAGUUCGCCGGCAUGCGCAUGCCGCUGCUCCCCGACUCCUUCACCACGAAGCACCAGUCCCUCUACGAGCAGGUCGCCGCGGAGGACCUCCCGCUCUCCAAGCCCGAGAUCUCCGUCGUCGCAGCGCACCCGGAGAACGUCACGACCGCCGCGGCGCUCACCGAGGUCGAGGCGUUCGGCGUCGACGGCGUCGAGCUGAAGUGGGCUCACGAGAGCGAGGCCGCCGCGGAGGACUCUCACCAGCCUGGUCUGAGAGAUUUGUGGAAGGGUCUGGUUGAGGAUGUUGUCGGUAGGAAACCUGCCUUUUAA